AAGACCAGUGCCAUUUAAUAUUCACACUAUCACCCAUCCCUUUUUCACUUCAUUCUGUCCAGCCCUCACUCAUUUUUAAAAGCAGCCUUACUAUUAUUACUUCAGGCAAGAUGAUGCAGGAUUCGACAAACGAUUCGCUGGCAGGCACGCCGGCCCUGAGCUCGCGUGCAACUGGAGUACUCGAGAGGCUGCAGGUCCAAUACCAGACGUUCUUAGACCGGAGCACGCCAUAUGCCGGAGCGCGGUGGGGCACAACGGCGGCUCUCCUUUUCGUAUUCCUUCUCCGCAUUGUGCUGGCACAGGGCUGGUUCAUCAUCUGCUACGCGCUGGGCAUCUACAUGCUGAACUUGUUCCUGGCGUUCCUGACGCCCAAGUUUGACCCUGAGAUGGCGGAGGAGCUGGAGGAGGCCGAGGCGGCAGAUGAGUCUGGUCCGGGUCUGCUGCCGGUCAAGAACGACGACGAGUUCCGGCCGUUUAUCCGGCGCCUGCCCGAAUUCAAGUUUUGGCUCAACUCAACCAAGGCGGUGCUGAUCUCGCUGGUGUGCUCGCUGUUCUCCAUGUUUGACAUUCCAGUGUACUGGCCCAUCCUGCUGUUCUACUGGGUGUUCUUGUUUGUCAUCACCAUGAGGCGCCAGAUCGAGCAUAUGAUCAAGUACCGCUAUGUGCCGUUUGCCAACUUUGGCAAGCAGCGCUACAACCGUAAAUAGCUUUUUUUAUAAACAUCCUUCACACUCGAUCUUUAAAAAAUGAACCUCUGCGUUUAAUACACUGCAACAAUCAA